AGAGGAGACUGAGCAGAAGGUGAUGAAAGCGGCUCGCCUGUUCAGUAAGAGACUGAAGCUAAUUAUACCAGGAGCUCUCAUUAAAGUGUGUGGGAUCUAGUUGGUUCCCUUUUCCCAGUAAGCCUCUUGAGGUGUGCUUGCAGAGGGUUUUCAGUAGUUUUAGUCAGAAGUAGCUUGGGUGGCAAUCUAGCUACUGUUCACUUAGGGUUUAGGUUUCAUGCUUUUUUUCCUAUACACCCCCCACACCCCCCUUUCUUCACUUGUGAAACUUUCUUCCUCUCCCUCUGCCUCCUCCUGUCCUCAGCCUGUUUUGCCACUUUCCUUUUUAGGUAACUGGAGGCUGUUCUUGCAAAAAGGACAUAGGAAAAUGCCUGUGUGUUGUAACUUGUUCUGUUGUCUCUCCCGUAAGCUGUUCUCGUGUUGCCUCCUUGGGCUGGGUUUCUGGAGACAAUUGUUUCAUGCUACCAACUGGAAAGCACCUAAAGGAAAUGUAGCUUAAGAGAGUGAUACUUUUAAGUUAAAUAUUAACCUGAAUCAAACAAGCUUAAGAGCGUUUAAAGUGAGGUUAACUGGUUGAGCUUGUGAACAAGAGCGAACUCAAGCAGUGAAGAGUAGACAUGGGGAUACUCUAUUCGGAGCCCAUUUGUCAGGCAGCUUAUAAUAACGAUUUCAAUGAAGUUCAGCUCCUUUUGGAGCACAACAGCAACUAUCUGAACAUCCAGGACAGCUUCAGUGGAGACACACCCUUAAUUUGUGCAUGUAAACAGGGAAACAACAGGAUAGUUAGCUACCUUCUAAAAAGAAAUGCUGAUGUCAACCUCAGGAACAAGGACUGCACUUGUCUGCAUUAUGCUGUGAGAAAACGGUUUACCUUCCUUGACUAUGUGCUCAUCAUAAUCCUCAUGCCAGUUAUGCUUAUUGGAUAUCUUCUUAUGAUCUCAAAGACUAAACAGAAUGAAAACCUGAUCAAGAUGUUGCUUAGAGCUGGAGCUGAUGUUAAUGCUACAGACUUUUCUGGUAACACAGCCCUUCACUAUGCUUGUGAAAUGAAAAAUCAGGCAGUCAUUCCUCUACUGCUUGAAGCUCACGCAGACACUUCUGUAAAGAAUCAGGAUGGGGAGACUCCUUUAGAUAUAGCAAGAAGAUUACAGUUCCACAACAUUGAAAGCAUGCUAAGGAAAACUUCGUAGUUGUCAAGGAUUCUUGAACGUGCAGAAAAUUACAUCAUCUGACAAUCCACCUUGCGCAGCAGCAGAAGUCCUGCAGCAGGUUGAGGGCAGUGACUUGAUAGACUUGGUCCAAAGCCACUCAUUCCUUGCUGCAGGCUUUGACUAUUUCUUGUGAGACUUGUCAGUACCCACAAGGCCACAUGGGCUGAAAGGAGUUAAUUUGAUUUUACUAAGCCAUGAAUGAUUACAAUAGCCUUCAAAAUAUUGCCCUUCCCAUUUGCUUGCCCAGUUUUAUUACUUGACUUGCAUAGACUGGAUUUUGAAAGCUAGCUACAAUAUUUCUGGAAGCAUAAACAUUGCACAUAGUGGUUGGCAGCCAAUGCAAAAAUAAAAUAUUCUUUUGAGUGUGUGUUC